AUGGAAACAAGCAACAGUGAGACAACCUCAGCCACAUCCUCUCCACUGCCAACGCUGACCAGCUCCUCCACCCAUGGCUCCUUCCUGACUUCUGUCUCUCACACAACCCUUUCCGAAACCACCACCAAUGAAACGACACUGGCAACAACAGUUUCUGCUCCAGCUUCAACACAAUUUACCAACUUUGAAACUAUAUUGUCAACAACACCCUCUGAGUCUGCCACAUCUGAAACAUCCACUAGCGAGACAUUGGGCACAAGAGCUACUCACUCUGCUGUUGUAUCAACAUCUUCCAGGGAGAUAACGACAAGUGUCUCUCUCUCAACACUACCUGAAUCUUUCACCACUGAGACAACCCUAACAACAACUUCUCUUCCCCCUACCUUUAGUGAAUAUACAAGCAGUGAGAUUCCCACAGCAACCUCUCUUCCAGGCCUGAGCACAGUCGAAAUUUCCACAAAGGAGGAAAGUCUGACGACUGCUUCCCAGUCUCCUCUGACAGCAUCGUCCAGUAAAAGUCCCAUAAGGACGACUGUCACACAGCCAGUGGUCUCUGAAUUCACCACCAAUGAAACAACAGUGACAUUGGUUCCUCCCCAUCCAACUGGGACUGAAUUCACACGUACGGAGACUGCCAUGGCAAGCUCUCCUUCUCUUCCAAUGACAGAGACAUCCACACACAGUGCGAUAAAAUCUUCCGUUCACACCACAAUGGAAACAAGUAACAGUGAGACAAUCUCAGCCACAUCCUCUCCACUGCCAACGCUGACCAGCUCUUCCACCCACAGCUCCUUCCUGACUACUGUCUCUCACACAACCCUUUCUGAAACCACCUCCAAUGAAACGACUCUGGCAACAACAGUUUCUGCUCCAGCUUCAACAGAACUCACCAACAGUGAGUUGUCUUUGUCAACAACACCCUCCGUGCUCACUGGGUCCGAAAUAUCCACUGGCGAGACAGUGGCGACAAGAGCUACUCACUCUGCAGUUGUAUCAACAUCUUCCAGGGAGAUAACAACCAGUGUCUCUCUCUCAACACUCCCUGAAACUUUCCCCAGUGAGACAACCGUAAGGACAAAGUCUCGUCCCACUACUUUUAGUGAAUAUACAAAAAGGGAGACUCCCGUGGCAACGUCCCUUCCGGCCCUGAGCACUGAAUCCAUAUCCAUGCGCAGCGCUUCCAGCCCAACCUCCACAGCUGAGAGCAGCACCCUCUCCGAGUCUGUCUCUACACCCAAUAUUUCUAGGCUGACCUCCACUGCUGGGGUCAGCACCCUCUCCGAGUCUGUCUCCACGCCCAGCGCUUCCAGCCCAAGCUCUGUGACUGAGGGCAGCACCAUCUCUGAGCCCAUCUCCAUGCCCAGCACUUCGAGCCUGACCUCCACAGCCGAGACCCACACUGUAUCCGAAUCUGUUCCCUUGUCCAGUGCUUCAAGCCUGACCUCCACGGCCGAGACCCACACUGUAUCCGAGUCUGUUCCCCCAUCCAGUGCUUCAAGCCUGACCUCCAUGGCCGAGACCCACAACAUCUCUGAGUCUGUUCCCUUGUCCAGUGCUUCAAGUCUGACAACCGCAGCCGAGGCCAUCAGUGUCUCUGAGCCCGUUUCCACACCCAGCGGUUACAGCCCGAGCUCUGCGACUGAGGCCAGAACGAUGUACGAGUCCGUUUCCACGCACAGUCCUGCCAGCUUAACCUCCACCGUCGAGGCCAUCACCAUCACACAGCCAGCGGUCUCUGAAUUCCCCACCAGUGAGACAACCGUGACAUUGGUUCCUCCUCAUCCAACUGGGACUGAAUUCACACGUACAGAGACCACCAUGGCAAGCUCUCCUUCUCUUCCAAUGACAGAGACAUCCACACACAGUGCGAUAAAAUCUUCCGUUCACACCACAAUGGAAACAAGCAACAAUGAGACAACCUCAGCCACAUCCUCUCCACUGCCAACGCUGACCAGCUCCUCCACCCACAGCUCCUUCCUGACUUCUGUCUCUCACACAACCCUUUCUGAAACCACCACCAAUGAAACGACUCUGGCAACAACAGUUUCUGCUCCAUUCUCAACCGAACUUACCAACCGUGAAACAACAUUGUCAACAACACCCCCUGUGUCCGCUCCAUCUGAAACAUCCACUAGUGAGACGCUGGCCACAAGAGCUACUCACUCUGCAGUUGUAUCAACAUCUUCCAUGGAGAUAACGACAAGUGUCUCUCUCUCAAGACUACCUGAAACUUUCUCCACUGAGACAACCGUAACAACAACUUCUCUUCACACUACUUUUAGUGAAUAUACAAGCAGUGAGACUCCCACGGCAACCUCUCUUCCAGUCCUGAGCACAGCCAAAAUUUCCACAAGGGAGGAAAGUCUGACGACUGCUUCCCAGUCUCCUCUGACAGCAUCGUCCAGUGAAAGUCCCACAAGGACGACUGUCACACAGCCAGUGGUCUCUGAAAUCACCACCAAUGAGACAACAGUGACAUUGGUUCCUCCCCAUCCAACUGGGACUGAAUUCACACGUACGGAGACUACCAUGGCAAGCUCUCCUUCUCUUCCAAUGACAGAGACAUCCACACACAGUGCGAUAAAAUCUUCCGUUCACACCACAAUUGAAACAAGUAACAGUGAGACAACCUCAGCCACAUCCUCUCCACUGCCAACCCUGACCAGCUCCUCCACCCACAGCUCCUUCCAGACUUCUGUCUCUCACACAUCCCUUUCCGAAACCACCACCAAUGAAACGACUCUGGCAACAACAGUUUCUGCUCCAGCUUCAACAGAAUUUACCAAACGUGAAACAACAUUGUCAACAACACCCCCUGCGUCCGCUCCAUCUGAAACAUCUACUAGAGAGACCGUGGCCACAAGAGCUACUCACUCUGCUGUUGUAUCAACAUCUUCCAGGGAGAUAACGACAAGUGUCUCUCUCUCAACACUACCUGAAACUUUCCCCAGUGAGACAACCCUAACAACAACUUCUCUUCCCCCUACUUUUAGUGAAUAUACAAGGAGUGAGACUCCCACGGCAACCUCUCUUCCAGUCCUGAGCACAGUCGAAAUUUCCACAAAGGAGAAAAGUCUGACAACUGCUUCCCAGUCUCCUUUGACAGCAUCGUCCAGUGAAAGUCCCAUAAGGACGACUGUCACACAGCGAGUGGUGUCUGAGUUCACCACCAACGAGACAACCGUGACAUUGGUUCCCCCCCAUCCAACUGGUACUGAAUUCACAAAUACGGAGACUACCAUGGCAAGCUCUCCUUCUCUUCCAAUGACAGAGACUUCCACACCCAAUGCGAUAAGGUCUUCCGUUCACACCCCAAUGGAAACAAACAACAGUGAGACAACCUCACCCAUAUCCUCUCCACCACCAACUCUGACCAGCUCCUCCACCCACAGCUCCUUCCUGACUUCUGUCUCUCACACAACCCUUUCUGAAACCACCUCCAAUGAAACGACUCUGGGAACAACAGUUUCUGCUCCAGCUUCAACAGAACUCACCAACCGUGAAACUAUAUUGUCAACAACACCCUCUGCGUCCGUUCCAUCUGAAACAUCCACUAGCGAGACAGCCUCAACAACAGGUAUUCGCUCUCCAGUUGUCACGACAUCUUCUACUGAGAGUAGUAGAAUGACAAAUGUGUCACACACAACAGUUCCAGAAUUCAUUACCAGUACCGCACCCCAGACGACAACUCCUCCACAUCUGACUUUUACAAAAUUCACAGGCAGUGGGACUACCAUGGCAACUAGUUUUCCUGUACAAACUACAGCAAAAUCUACCCAUGCUGAGACCACAAUAUCAACAACUCUCUCUGUACCUGUUACACGUGAAAUCUCUACACUGGUGACAAACUCCACAACGGCCACCUCCCAACCAGCUCUGACCACCCCUUCCACUCAGAGCCCUUCAGUGACAUAUCUCUCCCACUCAACUGGUUCUGAGUCCACCCUAAAGGAGACAACUUUGGCAAGAAGCACCGUAAAGACAACUGAGCAGUAUUCAACCAUUUCUGAAGUCCCCACUAAUGAAACAACACUCAGAACAAAGCUUUCCCAGCCAACAGUUACUGAAUUCACAGGGUCUUCUACACUCUCUGUGACAGCUACAGCAGAAAGCUCCACCAGUGAGACCAACUUGACAACAGUCACAUCCCAGCCAACUGUAGUGACAUCUUCCAUGGAGAGUACCACAAUGACCUCCGUAUCCCAUACAACCAUACCUGAAUUCCCCACCAGUGAGAGAACCAAGGCAACUAGUCCUUCCACUAUUAUGACUGAAUUUCCAAAUAAUGAGACCACCGUAGCCUCAACUCCGUAUGUCGCAACAACAGAACUCACUCACAACCAAACGACAGUGGCAACAACUCUUUCUGCAUCUGCUACAAGUGAAAUCUCCACCAGUGAGACAAGCUUGACAACAGCCUCCUCUCAGCCCAUUGUGUCAACAUCUAUUGAGAGUAGCACAAUGACUUCUGUGUCCCAUACAACCUUACCUGAAUUCACCAGCAAUAAGACAACCAUGACGCUGGCCCCUCUCCAUCCAACUCGUCCUGAAUUCACAAAUACUGGAAGUACAGGAGUAACAACUCUUUCUGUCCCUAACACAGAGGAAUUCAGCAGCCGACAGACAACUUUGACAACAGUCUCUCCUCAGCCGACUGUGAACACAUCUUCUACCAAGUCAACUAUAAAGACAAAAGAGACAACCAUAUCCUCAUCCACCGCCAACAAGACCACCCUGGCGCCAACCCUUUCCUACUCAAGUCCUCCGGCAUCCACCCACAAUGAGACACUGCCAGUGACAACCCGUUUUGUUCCAAGUCCAACCAAAUCCACCACCCAUGAGAAAACGUUGGCGACGACUGUUUCUUUGCCUACCGCCGCAGGGUCCACCUCUGCCAUCUCUAGCACAAUGAUGACUUCAGAGCCAGCCACAAGUCGAGUGUCUUCUACAAGGUCUAUGGUUCCUCCUCUUUCCAUCUCGACAGGCUCUUCAGCUCCCACGAGGAAACCCAGCACCAUGACCAGCCGUGUCACCCAGACUCGGCCUAGCAGCACACGUACUUCCAUGGCUGUGCCAACCAAACUCCCAGGGACCAGCAGCCACCCCGCAAACACCACUGGCACCACAACCACUGCGGUUCCCGCCACCACGCUGGAGCCCCUGAGGUGCCAGAACGGAGGGACGCCCCUUGCGAACCAGUGUCUUUGCCUGCCUGGUUUUACAGGGGAGCAGUGUGAAACGCUGAUGAACAACGUCAACGUUGAUGUGGUGUCGAUGGAGAUCAAUGUCACCGUGGUGGUGAGGAACGUGAAUUUCAGCCAAAGCAUGGAGGAUCCAACGUCCACGGCGUUCAAAGUGUUUGUGGAAAUCUUCGUCAUCCAGAUGGACCCGAUCUACAGGCAGACGGUGCCCGGGUUCCUGCGCAUCGAGGUGAUCCGGCUGAGCAACGGCAGCGUGGUGGUGGAUCACCGCGUGGUCCUGGAUGUGCCCUACGCCACCUACGCCAGCACCUACGCCGAGGCCGUGGCCAAUGUCAGCGCUCGGCUCAACGCCACCAAUUGCACCAGCGGCUUGGACGCCUCCUCUGCGGCUCUGUCACAGAAAUUGUGCUUCAGAGCCAACGCGACUCUUGUCAACACCGUCCCCCUGACGACAGCAGGCGUCUGCCUGAACAAUUUGACCAUCAGCCCGUCCUACCAGAAAUACUUCCUGCCCGUCAACGUCUCGGGGCAGCUGAUGUGCGUCUCCAACUGCAGUAUCCACCACCCCGACACCUACGCCUGCAAUGGCCGGGGGUACUGCUACAUCCAGCCAGGGGGACCCACCUGCUACUGCCAGCACUCGGACUGGUACUGGUUCACGGGCCGUCACUGCGAGCAAGUCGUGAGCAAGGUGGGCGUGGCAGUGGGGGUGGCACUCGGCCUGGCCGUGCUGCUGCUGGUGAUUCUCAUCCUGGCCAUCUGCCUCUGCUGGCGUCAGCGCUGGAGCGGCAAGCACAGCGUGGAGGACCUGGAGGAGAGCCAGGAGAAGUGGUACAGCAACGAGGAGUGGGAGUGGAACGCGCCCCCCCAGAGAAUCGCUGCCAGGACCCCGUCCGCCCCCAGCUGGACAGGUAACGUCCCAGAGACUGAGGGCGGCAGCGGCAGCCACAGAUUCUCCUCGUCCUUCCGGCCUUCGCUGGACAAAGUCGACACGUCCCUGCAGACCCAAAUUGCCCGGCCCCAGGGGCCUCUGAACCCACAGCUGCCCGCAGCUGCCUUUGCGUCUCUGCACCAAAGCGUUCUGCGGGGAAGGAUGAGGAAAUUCACUGCCCUCCUCCUCCUCUUCCACUUUGCCUGCUUGGGCAUCACGUCGGCUACUGCAACCACCACGACUGUGACAACCAACACCCCAUCUACGACCUCGUUGACCAUGACACUGUCCAGUACCACCACAACUUCGUCCAUUAUCGCCAGCAUCUGGAUGGAAAUGAGCAAGACCAUGAAAGCCAGCGGCACAACCACAGUGGAAACUGGAACCACCCUGGACACCAGCACCACCACCCCGGAGGAAACCGGCACCACCCCGGACACCAGUGCCACCACCCCGGUGAAAACCGGCACCACCCCGGCUGCCAGCGCCACCACCUCAGAGGAAACCGGCACCACCCCGGCUGCCAGCGCCACUACCCAGUUGGAAACCACCACCACCCCGGCUGCCAGUGCCACCACCCCGUUGGACACCGGCACCACCCCAGCUGCCAGCCCCACUACCCAGGUGGAAACCACCACCACCCCAGCUGCCAGCGCCACCACCCCAGAUGAAACCGGCACCACCCCGGCUGCCAGUGCCACCACCCCGUUGGACACUGGCACCACCCCAGCUGCCAGCCCCACUACCCAGGUGGAAACCACCACCACCCCAGCUGCCAGCGCCACCAUCCCGGAUGAAACCGGCACCACCCUGGCUGCCAGUGCCACAACCCCAGAUGAAACCGGCACCACCCCGGCUGCCAGCGCCACUACCCAGGUGGAAACCACCACCACCCCGGCUGCCAGUGCCACCACCCCGUUGGACACCGGCACCACCCCAGCUGCCAGCCCCACUACCCAGGUGGAAACCGGCACCACCCCAGCUGCCAGCGCCACCACCCCAGAUGAAACCGGCACCACCCCGGCUGCCAGUGCCACCACCCCGUUGGACACUGGCACCACCCCAGCUGCCAGCCCCACUACCCAGGUGGAAACCACCACCACCCCAGCUGCCAGCCCCACUACCCAGGUGGAAACCACCACCACCCCAGCUGCCAGCGCCACCACCCCAGAUGAAACCGGCACCACCCCGGCUGCCAGUGCCACCACCCCGUUGGACACUGGCACCACCCCAGCUGCCAGCGCCACCAUCCCGGAUGAAACCGGCACCACCCCGGCUGCCAGUGCCACCACCCCGUUGGACACCGGCACCACCCUGGCCACCAGCGCCACAACCCCAGUGGACACUGGCACCACCCCGUCCACCAGCGCCACCACCCUGGAGGAAAGCGCCACAACCCCGGUGGACACCCUCACCACCCAGUCCGGCAGCGCCACCACCCCGGCUGCCAGCACCACCACCCCGGAUGAAACCGGCACCACCUCGGCCGCCAGUGCCACCAGCCCGUUGGACACCGGCACCACCCCGGCCGCCAGCACCACUACCCUGGUGGAAACCGGCACCACCCCGUCUGUCAGUGCCACCAGCCCGGAGGAAAAUGGCACCACCCUGGCCACCAGUGCCACAACCCCAGUGGACACCGGCACCACUCCAGCCGCCAGCACCACCACCCCGUUGGAAACCAGCACCAUCCCAGCCGCCAGCACCACUACCCCGGUGGAAACCGGCACCACCCCAGCUGCCAGCACCACCACCCCAUUGGAAACCGGCACCACCCCAGCCACCAGCACCACCACCCCGUUGGAAACCGGCACCAGCCCGGCCGCCAGCGCCACCACCCCGGUGGAAACCGGCACCACCCCGGCCACCAGCACCACCACCCCGGUGGAAACCGGCACCAGCCCGGCCGCCAGCGCCACCACCCCGUUGGAAACCGGCACCACCCCGGCCACCAGCACCACCACCCCGUUGGAAACCAGCACCACCCCAGCUGCCAGCACCACUACCCCAUUGGAAACCGGCACCAGCCCGGCUGCCAGCGCCACAACCCCAGUGGACACCGGCACCACCCCGGCCACCAGCACCACCACCCCGAUGGAAACCGGCACCACCCCGGCUGCCAGCACCACAACCCCAGUGGAAACCAGCACCACCCCAUCCAUCAGUGCCACCAGCCCGGAGGAAAGUGCCACAACCCCGGUGGACACCGGCAUGACCUCGGCAGCCCCUGCAAUCACCUCGGUGGAAACCAGCACCACCCCAUCUGCCAGCGGCAGCACCCCGGUAGAAACCGGCACCACCCAGACCACCAGUGCCACCACCCCGGUGGAAACAGGCACCACCCCAGCUGCCAGCGCCACCACCCAUGUGGAAACUGGCGCCACCAUCCCAGCCGCCAGUGCCACCUCCCCGGUGGAAACGGGCACCACCCUAGCCACCAGCACCACCACCCCAGUGGACACCGGAACCACCCCAGCUGCCAGACCCACUACCCCGGUGGACACCGGCACCACCCCAGCUGCCAGACCCACUACCCCGGUGGAAACCGGCACCACCCCAGCCGCCAGUGCCACCACUCCAGUGGAAACCAGCACCACCCCGGCUGCCAGCGCCACCACCCCAGUGCAAAGCGGCACUACGCCGUCCUCCAGCGCCGCAACACCAGUGGACACUGGCACCACCCCUUCUGCCAGCGCCACAACCCCAGUGGAAACUGGCAUCACCCUAUGCGCCAGCACCACCACCCCGGAGGAAAGCGCCACAACCUCAGUGGACACCGGCACCACCCAGUCCGGCAGCGCCACCACCCUGGUGGAAACCAGCAGCACCCCGGCCACCACCGCCGCCACCCUGGCCACCAGCACCACCAUCUUGGUGGAAACUGGCACCACCCCGGCUGCCACUGCAACCACCCCGGAGGAAAGCAGCACCACCCUGGCUGCCAGCACCACGACCUUGGUCGCUAGCGCCACAUCCCCAGUGGAAACUAGCAGCACCCCGGCCGCCAGUGCCACCACCCCAGUGCAAACCGGCACCACCCCCGUCUCCACCACCGCAGCUGCCAGCACCACCACCCCAGAGGAAACCAGCACCACUCCAGCCGCCAGUGCCACGACCCUGGUCGCUGGCGCCACAUCCCCAGUGGAAACUGGCACCACUCCGGUCGCCACAACCCAGGCCGCCAGCGCCACCACCCCAGUAGACACCGGCACCACCCCGACCACCAGUGCUACCACCCUGGUGGACACUGGCACCACCCUGGCCGCCAGCGCCACCACCCCAGUGGAAACCAGCAACACCCCAGCUGCCAGUGCCACCACCCCGGUGGACACCAGCACCAACCUGGCCGCCAGCGCCACCACCCCAGUGCAAACCGGCAUCACCCCCGUCUCCACCACCCCAGCCGCCAGCACCACAACCCCAGUGCAAACUGGCAUCACCCCCGUCUCCACCAUCCCAGCCGCCAGCACCACAACCCCAGUGCAAACCAGCACCACCCCCGUCUCCACCAUCCCAGCCGCCAGCACCACAACCCCAGUGCAAACCGGCACCACCCCCGUCUCCACCACCCCACCCGCCAGCACCACAACCCCAGUGCAAACCGGCACCACCCCCAUCUCCACCACCCCACCCGCCAGCACCACAACCCCAGUGCAAACCGGCAUCACCCUCGUCUCCACCACCCCAGCCGCCAGCACCACAACCCCAGUGCAAACCGGCAUCACCCCCGUCUCCACCAUCCCAGCUGCCAGCACCACAACCCCAGUGGAAACUGGCACCACCCCCGUCUCCACCACCCCAGCUGCCAGUGCCACCACCCCGGUGGAAACCAGCACCAGCCCCGUCUCCACCACCCCAGCCGCCAGCACUACAACCCCAGUGCAAACCGACACCACCCCCGUCUCCACCAUCACAGCCAUCAGCACCACAACCCCAGUGCAAACCGGCACCACCCCCGUCUCCACCAUCCCAGCCGCCAGCACCACAACCCCAGUGCAAACCGGCACCACCCCCGUCUCCACCAUCCCAGCUGCCAGCACCACAACCCCAGUGCGAACCGGCACCAGCCCUGUCUCCACCACCCCAGCCGCCAGCACCACAACCCCAGUGCAAACCGGCACCACCCCCGUCUCCACCACCCCAGCCGCCAGCACCACAACCCCAGUGCAAACCGGCACCACCCCCGUCUCCACCAUCAGCAGCCUGCCAGCACCACAACCCCAGUGGGAAACCGGCACCAGCCCCGUCUCCACCACCCCAGCCGCCAGCACCACAACCCCAGUGCAAACCGGCACCACCCCCGUCUCCACCACCCCAGCCGCCAGUGCCACCACCCCGGUGCAAACCGGCAUCACCCUCGUCUCCACCACCCCAGCCGCCAGCACCACAACCCCAGUGCAAACCGGCACCACCCCCGUCUCCACCACCGCAGCCGCCAGCACCACAACCCCAGUGCAAACCGGCACCACCCCCGUCUCCACCACCCCAGCCGCCAGCACCACAACCCCAGUGCAAACCGGCACCACCCCCGUCUCCACCACCCCAGCCGCCAGCACCACAACCCCAGUGCAAAGCGGCACCACUCCCAUCUCCACCACCCCAGCUGCCAGUGCCACCACCCCGGUGGAAACCAGCACCACGCCGGCCGCCACUGCCAUGACCCCGUUGGAAACCACCACCACCCCGUUCGUCAUCAUCUCGACCCCAGUGGAAACCAGGCCACCCCCUACCUCGACUGCCAUGCCAACAUUGGCAACGACCACAACGCCAGCCACCACCACCUGGCCCACGAAACCCACGACUUCCACCUCUACAGCUAGGCCUGCACUCGAUUGCCAGAAUGGGGGAACUUACGAUGAAACCUACAAGAAAUGCGUCUGCCGGAGUGAAUUCAACGGGCCGCUCUGCGAGUCUGCCAACGACAUUAUAGCCACCAACGUGAGUACACUCAUGGCUGAGGUCGACGUUCAAGUGAAGGUCACCAGUCAGAACUUCACGGAGGAGCUGAACAAUAAAUCCUCUGACGUUUAUAUUAAGUUCGAGUUCAAAUUCAAAGCGCAGAUGGAUGUGGUGUACAAGAGCGUGAUUGGGUACAAAGAGGUUGUCAUCCUGAACCUGACGAAGGGCAGUAUUGUGGUUGACCACACCGUGAUCAUUGAGGCCCCCCUGAGCAACAAUCUCAAUGCCAUGUUGGAGUCUGUCACCAAUCAGGUGAUGAGGCAGCUGGAGAUCAUCAACACGACUACAGGGAACUGCACAGAUGAGUUCUGCUUCAUGGCUCCACCCAACCCGGUCCUCAAAAACGCCACCACGAACUUUUCGGCGGCAGAUACCUGCAGGGAGAGCGUCCCCCAGGACUUCGCCCAGUACUACUUCCCCUACGUCACCGAGAAGGGCACCCUGAACUGCCUCACCCGGUGCUCCCAGGACCUGCCAAAUUCCCUGAACUGCAACUAUGGGCAGUGCCAGCUGAGGAGCUCCGGGCCCCUGUGCAUCUGUGCCAACACGGAUGUGUUCUGGUACCCGGGGGAUCGCUGCCAAACCCGUGUCAGUAAGGUGGGCGUGGGCAUGGCAGUUCCCCUGCUCGUCCUGUUCAUUGCCGGCAUCAUCCUCGCUGCCUUCCUGGUCAAGGCCAGGAGACAGGGCUCCAAAGCCAGGUAA